GAAAUUAAAUUUAGGAACUUAACGACACGAGAAGGAGCGAACAGGUAGUUCCGGGCAUCACAUGCAAUUGUACGCUAACACAGUAACACCCUUAUCGCUUAAAGUGAUUCUCUCUAUCUUCACUUUCUCCCUCUGCAUUUUCCGCCAUUUUCUCCCAAGAAUCUGACAUGGAAGACAAGGGUAGAAAAGUUGUGGUUUCCGCUCUUCAGUUUGCUUGCACCGAUGAUGUCUCAACCAAUGUCGCCACCGCCGAGAGACUUGUUCGAGAUGCUCAUAAACUGGGUGCAAACAUUGUUCUCAUUCAGGAACUCUUUGAAGGUUAUUACUUCUGUCAGGCACAAAGAGAGGCUUUCUUUCAAAGAGCUAAGCCCUAUAAGGACCAUCCUACAAUUACAAGGAUGCAGAAACUUGCAAAAGAGUUAGGUGUAGUCAUACCUGUUAGUUUCUUUGAGGAAGCAAACAAUGCACAUUAUAACUCAAUAGCCAUUAUUGAUGCUGACGGAACAGAUCUUGGAAUUUAUAGAAAAUCUCAUAUUCCAGAUGGACCAGGUUAUGAAGAAAAGUUCUAUUUUAAUUCGGGUGACACGGGAUUUAAGGUUUUCCAGACAAAAUAUGCAAAAAUUGGAGUCGCUAUUUGCUGGGAUCAGUGGUUUCCAGAGGCAGCCCGAGCAAUGGCACUUCAAGGUGCUGAGAUUUUAUUUUAUCCAACCGCUAUUGGAUCUGAACCUCACGACCAAAGCAUCGAUUCUCGUGAUCAUUGGAAACGAGUAAUGCAAGGACAUGCUGGGGCCAAUCUGGUACCUCUCGUGGCUUCAAAUAGGAUAGGAAAUGAGAUAAUUGAGACCGAGCAUGGAAAAAGUGAGAUAAAAUUUUAUGGAAACUCCUUCAUAGCAGGGCCUACUGGAGAAAUUGUUUCAGUUGCUGAUGAUAAAGAGGAAGCAGUUCUUAUUGCUGAAUUUGAUUUGAACAAAAUCAAAUCCAAGAGGCAUUCUUGGGGGGUAUUCCGUGAUCGGCGUCCAGAUCUAUAUAAGGUGCUUUUAACAUUAGACGGAAACAACCCUGUUUAAGCCUGGGAUGGUAUUCCGUGAUCGGCGUCCAGAUCUAGAUAAGCAUUUUACUUUGUCAGUGUUAUAUAAUUAUGCCUGGGAUGGUUUAAGCCUUUUCAAACUUCCAGAGCAUUUAUCAUCUUCCAAUAAGGCAAUGGUAGAACACAAAAACACCAUCAGUGAUUUCCAUGUAAUUCAAUAAAUAUUUGCAUUAAAGAUCAAUGAGCAAACUAUUUUUAUGUUUAUGUUUA